CAGAUGGUGGCUGAAUCCCCUCCCUCCUGCUGCAGAUUCUGAACAACCCCCCCCCCCCACACACACUCAUACCUCCCCCUCAGCCUAAUAUAAUAACAUCCUCCUAAUCCCAGACAAGUGUGCAGCGCCUCACCAGACGUUACUCCCAGCCCCCAAAACGGAACUUAGAAGAACAGAUAAUAAAAUAAUGGCUAGUGUGACUUCAUAUGAGAUGACUUGUGCAACUACUCUUAGAGCUCCAAUUAGUGCAUAUUUUGAGUUGGAUCUUGGAAAGGAGAAACAAGCCCAGAGGGGCGAAGCGGCUUAGGGAGGUCAUGCUGCCAAUCAGAGUCAUGCAUUUUAAUGGGCAAAAACCUAGUAAGUGCACAACAUAAGUCACACAUCUCCUUCUACUGAGAACUCCCCCCUGGACUCAGCACCAUUCACAUUUGAUAGGGCUCCUAGAUAUCCUCAUUCCUGGAUCUUUUUCCAGAAGGUCUGUGGAGACUGGGGUCCCUUUUUGUGGUCCUGACCCUCACUCUCUACCUUGGAGUCCCAAAGCCCAGUAAAUUUGCUGCCUCCCAGCUGUUUUGACCACAGAAAGGUUUCUGCACUGCCAUAGGGCGCCACCUGAGGCCGCUUCACUCUCCCGCCAUGUUCCAGCGCCUCAGCAGUCUCUUCUUUAGCACCCCACCGCCUCCCGAGGACCCGGACUGCCCCCAAGCUUUCGUCUCCGAGGAGGAUGAAGUGGAUGGCUGGCUCAUCAUUGACUUGCCGGACAGCUACGCCGUUCCACCCAGCGCGGGGGCCGCCCCAGUCCCUGCAGGCCGCCCUCCGCCCGCGCCCUCCUUGAUGGACGAGAGCUGGUUUGUUACCCCUCCCGCCUGUUUUACUGCAGAGGGGUCGGGACUCGGGCCGGCCCGCCUCCAGAGCAACCCCCUGGAGGACCUCCUCAUCGAGCACCCCAGCAUGUCUGUUUACGUCACCGGCAGCACCAUCGUGCUGGAGCCUGGGCCCCCUUCCCCGCACCCGGACGCUGCCCUGCCGGACGGCGAGCUUAGCGAUGGGGAGUUGGUGCCUGCCCGCCGCGAGACCCGGGCCCUGCACCACGCUGCCGCCCCUCUGCCAGCGCGGGCUGCGCUGCUGGAGAAGGCCGGCCAGGCGCGGCGGCUGCAGCGAGCCAGGCAGCGGGCCGAGCGCCAUGCGCUGAGCGCAAAAGUGGUGCAACGGCAGAAUCGCGCCCGCGAAAGCCGUCCGCGCCGGCCCAAGCACCAGGGCAGCUUCGUCUACCAGCCGUGCCAACGCCAGUUCAACUACUGAGCGUCUGCCGGCCACGUAACACCCCUCUUAGACUCCCGACCCCUAUCGGGCCCCUUCAUGGCAGCCAGAGUGCUGCUCGAGGGGUGCCCGAGGCCUGACUCAGGCUGGACACAACCUCCCUUCAAGCGUAGGAGAUGGGGUGAUAGCCCCUCUCACAACCCCUGGAUUUUCCCACCUUCGAUCCUCUAAUCCAUCUCUGAAUCCCCUCUCAUCCUUCACCUUUCCUCCUGGCCCCCAUGCCCCCUAUCUAAUCCUCUCUCUCUCCAACCCCUGACACUCCUUUCUCUCAUCCCCAUCCCAACCUCUGCCCUAACAUUCCCCUUCAUCUUUGCUCUCCAGUCCUCUACCUCUGGUCACUCCUCUUUCUGACGUCUCUCCUUCCUAUCCCAGAUCUGGUUCAAGCCCCACCUUUAACUCCCACCUAACAAGCCUCUCUAGCGCAUGGUUGGCACUACACUCACUCCUGCCUCCUUAUUAUUCAUUCCCAGUUACUCCCUCCAAAUGGAUGGGAAGGAGGGAGAGACUCCUUCCCUCUCUUGUGGGGAGUCUCACCACCCCCCUCCCCCCCUGGGGGCUGGGCUCUUUGAAGUUCCUUAGGCCUGGAAAGGUAAAGUAUGUGGAAGAGGAUUGUGAAAUGUGAAUUUGGAGGAUGAUGGCGGGAAUCUAGUUUAAAUAGGCAGCCUAUUGAAGAUGUAGAUAGCACAGACAGGUUGAGAAGCUGAUGGGAGCAGGGCACCAUGGGGGCUGGCACCGUGCUUGCUCAGAGAGGCCAAGCCCUGCUCUCAGGCUGGAGCCUGGAGUCUGCCCCCAGUUCCCUUUCUUAUAAUCCCACUGCCCAAAUCUCUUCCUGAAGUCCACCCCUCUGCAGGCCCCUGAGUCUGAAGGGCUUAGUCUUGUCACCCUACUCACAAUAUGUUACUCCAGGAAUAGAGGCUGGGUAAAGCCCUGCCAUCCUGACCAUCUGUUCACAUGCCCAAGGUGCUAGAACUGGCUUAGGAGAGAUGCUGGCUAGAGGGCUUCUAGUCAGCAAAAGGGCAUAUCCCGGAGUAAGAACACAGGAUGAUGCCAGGAAGACAAGCUGUGGGGUAAAGCCAUCCUAAGAUUGACAGUUCAGACUUCAUCUUGCAUUUUUUAUUUCACACUCUGCCCAGAAUGGCUAAUAAACACUCCUGGGUAGGAGGCCAGGAGCCCCAGUGUCCCUAUUCCCAGAUAGUUCCUAUCCAGGUUCAUAGCCUUCCGGGGGCCUCUCCUCAUUUUCUCUCUUCCUUUUUAAGCUAUUGGGGAGAAAUGGGUGUCCUUAUGGUUCCCCUUUCUUUCUCCUCCAGUUAGCACCUGGAGGAGGGAACUUGAAUCCCUGGGUGAGACUGGGAGGACAGGGGCAGCCAGCUUUCUCCUUCUAGUGGUGGGACUGAAUUUUGGGCUCAGACACCAGCAACAGCCUCUUGGGGAUGCCCCAAGUUGCUUCCCUUUUCCUCUUUCUAACUAUCCUUUUCUAGUGUGUGUUCUUUCUUCCUUGAAACUUAUAAGAUUUCCUGUUACAUACUAACAUAGGUCUUCCCUUUACCCAAAUUCCAGGUUUCUAGGCCUCAGAGCCAUGCUGAGGCUUGGAAAAAACUGAAAUCCUAUGCCAGUUAAAGGCUGCUCUGCUGCCUUCCCAGACCUUAGCGCUCCCAUCCUCAUUGUGGGCGUGUAGGGAAGGGAGGGGGUAGUUCCAUGGAUACUGGGAUGGAGACCUAGGAAGCCCUCUUGGGGCCUCCUAUCCUGAGGAGGAAGCCAAAUUUAUACUAAAAGCAGAUCAUCAAAGUCCCCAUGCCAGUCCACUAGGGCCCCAGUAGUUGAUAACCUUGUUAUCCUCCCCAAGCUCUCCUUUAGGUAUAACCUAGCCACUUUUAUUCUUCCAUCUGCCCCUUGGUCGCAUCAUAGCUAGCUUAGGGUCUUCAGCAUUUCUAAGAGCUGGAACUCCCUCCAACUCUUCCUGCCUACUGCUGUGCUGCCAGCUGGGACCUAGGCUUAGUCCUGGAGAGUACCCAUGAUCCUUCUGGUGGAGGAAGAGUGAGUUAUAGGGCAUUUGGCUCACAUUUCAAAAGGACCCUCCCAUAUUUCUGGAGGCUACUAUAGUUCUAGAGCCCUCCAAUCUUAUCAUCUGGCUGGUUGCAAGGCUCAUGUUUUUGUAUUUUCCUAUGGAUUCUGUAGCAUUUGCGUGUGGCAAUAUUUUUAAUUGUGUAUAGAUUUCUAAGAACCAACACUACUCAGUCUCCUGCUAGUCUGACUCCUGAAGCAUCAGACCUCGUCAUACUGUAUUGACUGUGUAUGUGCCUUUCACCUUGAGCAUGCUUCAGGAUUUUUUUUUUUAAACCACAGAACUUGAAUACACGAGGGAACCAGAAUUCACAAAGUCCUAUGCAACCCUAGAAAGGAGGGGGUUAAAGAGUCUGUUUUGAUUGAUGUUUUCAGAGAACCUGGAGAAGUUCCAGUUGUAUUAACGUCAAUACUACCAGCACUUUGCCAAAACUGUGUGUGUCAUAGGGUCCCCUGUUUCUAGAGUCCCAGUUACAUCAAAGGGUGACUUCCAGUUAUUCCCCAUUGUCUGAGUGCUCUGGUGUCACUUCCCUGCCAUUGUCAGUGUGGCCCUAGCAGGGUACCUUGUGUGUGUGAGUGCAGUUUGCUGCUGUUUUGGAGUCUGACUGCUCCCCAGCCCCCUGUCUGAACCCUGAUCACUUUGCUCUGACCCAUAACAUCUUAGGUGCAACAAGGUCCCCACCAGAGCUCUUGGAUGCCUCCUCAGAUCCAUGUGGCUUUACCUGAGGGGACUGAAUGCAGACACACCGUAGUCCCUUAUAUCUUCCCUCUUACUCUGAUACCUAGUUCCAAAUGGAACCAACAAGUUGAAUGCAUCCCUCUGGGUGUUUUGUGUUGAGAUUGAUGAAAUGAGGAGACUCUGACCAUGUUGUGACAUGUUGACAGACUCAAGGACACAACCACCUCAACCCGGUCAUGUGGCAUGCCUGUGUACAUGUGUAACAGGAUUCUGAUUGUUAGAUUGUAAUGUUAUUCCUCUAUGGGAGAAAAAAAUUAAUAUAAAGAAAAACAAAUAAAAAUCUAUUUAAAGCACAUGCUUUCUGCCUGAAUUGAGCUAAAGCAAGAGAGAAACACUUCGCAAUCUCAAGCACAGUAGUGGCACAGGGUAUUAUUACGCCAGUAAUACCCUAUGGUUGGCUUUGGUUCUGGUAAUGUGUGUCAUAUAGAGAAGGAAGAGGGUAGAAAAGCCUGCUGGGAACAGAGCCAGACAAUGUGGAGUCUGACUCAUAAAUAACUACUUUUAGGAGGAUCAUUAUAAUAUAAGACACAUAUAUUAAGACAUUUGAAAUAGAGAUGAGAAUAAGAGCAUGUCAGAGAAUCACCAACUCAUCCUUUUGGUGUCAGGCACUUGGUUUGGCACAAGCACAGAAACACAGCAGGGAAGGGACGGAAUAUAUGUCUAGCUAUAGGAGCCAGCAGAAAGUUGAAGCCUACAUGGAGACAAGGACAGAGAUCCAAGCAAUGGAUUUCCCUGAAGGUAAGAGCUGCAAAAGCAGCUGGUUUGGAGACCUCAGAGUUGAAGAUGAGCGAAGACAGGAAAGGGGUAAAUGUGAGCAUAUUGAUGGAAAGUCACCCCUAAGACUGAUGCAAAUGAGAAACAGGGCAGCCAAGAAAUGGAAUGUAGUGGACAUCUCUGAAUUAUGUGACACAAAAUGACUGCUUUUAUUUAGGAGCUUCCCCACCUAACCAUAGAACUAAACUGAAAAUGGAAAGCUGACUUUACUGGGCUAGAUUCUUGAUGCUGUUAGAAAGAAUCUUGCUGGUCAGUCUGGG